AUGUGUGGCUGAUAAUGAUAAUAAUAAUGAAAUCAUGAAUAAUAGCAGCACUUAUAUGGCAUAAUUUGUACACAACUACAGAAUUCGCGCAGUAAGGCUACAUCCCCUCAUCUGCUCCUUUAACUUUUAUGACACAUUUGAGGGGAAAGCAUAAUUAAUCAGGGCCUACAACUGAACACACAUUGCAGAUACACCUAAUGCAUAGUCACAAAUGGCUGAUGACUGCCAGUCAUGUGAUACUGCCCUGCACACUGCUGCAAGCAGUGGGAACUUAGAUGAGGUCAGAGAGCUGUUGAAAACAAAGCAAUAUGAAGUGGACCUAAAAAACUCGCACAACCAAACAUCUCUUCAUCUUGCAUGUGCUAAUGGUCAUAUUGAUAUGGUUUGGACACUAGCCAAUGACUUUGGUGCUGAUAUAGGAGCUUUGGAUAAUGGCGGUAAUACACCAUUGUUCUUUGCUGCUAAGAACAAACAUGUACAAAUAAUUGUCAUGCUGAUCCUAUUUUCAAUGUGUGGUCGACUCUUCAAUGGAAUAGCACUACCAUGUUCCUUUAGCCGUAGUAGAGUUGAUGAUCAUCAUGUUAAAAUGUUUGAGGAUGUCCUCUUUGAGUACUACAAUAAUUUUGAAGCUGAGGAGAAAACUAUGCAUCUGAUAAGCAAAUUCUUUGUUGAUUAUAUUCAAUUCAAAGAUUAUAAGGAAGAAGGCUUUUUUACACUGCUUGUAGCUGCAUCACUUGGUUUUAAAGACUUGAUUAAUCGGUUAGUUACAGAGAAGAAAGCAGACCUUAAUAUGGAGGGUUUCUGUGGUUUGUCUGUUCUCCACUGUGCCUGUUUUGGAGGACACGUACUGCUCGUGGAGAGUCUUAUUUCAGAAUAUAGUAUGGACCUCUCUGUGAGAGAUAAAGAAGGACGCUCAGUUUUGCAUUAUGCCGUAUCAAAAGAGGUUCCCCAUUCAUCCAAUGGUAGUCACAUAGAACUACUUGAUAAACUGGUGAUGCAAUAUGGCCUCAAUUCCACAGACAGAGAUAAUAAUGGAGACACACCUCUACAUAUUGCAGCCAUGUUCGGACAUGUUGAAGCAGUGAGAAACCUGAUCAGUAAGCACCGUGCUGAUAUUGAUUGCACUGAUAAUCAGAACACUACUCCAUUGAUGCUAGCUGUGCUGAAUGGUCAUAUGUCUGUUUUGGAUGCGUUAGUUAAAGAAUUCAACGGCAGUUGUCAUGUACGAGGUUACAAUAGCCUCACUCUCCUUCACUAUGCCUGCUACGGUGGCCAUAUAGAGCUGAUAGACAAACUGGUGAUGGAAUAUGGCCUCGAUCUCGCAGAUAGAGAUGAUCAUGGAGACACACCUCUACAUAUUGCAGCUUUGUUCGGACAUGUUGAGGCAGUGAGACACUUAAUCAGUAAGCACAGUGCUGAUAUUGAUAGCACUAAUGAUCAGAAUAAUACUCCAUUGAUGGAAGCUGUGCUGAACGGUCGUGUGUCUGUUUUGGAUGCGCUAGUCAAAGAAUUCAAGAGCAGUUGUCAUGUACGAGGUUACAAUAGCCGCACUCUCCUUCACUAUGCAUGCGAGGGUGGCCAUAUAGAACUGAUAGACAAACUGGUGAUGGAAUAUGGCCUCGAUCCCACAGAUAGAGAUAAUGAUGGAGACACACCUCUACAUAUUGCAGCCAUGUUCGAACAUGUUGAAGCAGUGAGACACUUGAUCAGUAAGCACAGUGCUGAUAUUGAUUGCACUAAUAAUCGGAACUCUACUCCAUUGAUGAAAGCUGUGCUGAAAGGUCAUGUGUCUGUUUUGGAUGGGUUAGUCAUAGAAUUCAACAGCAGUUGUCAUGUACGAGGUUACAAUAGCCGCACUUUCCUUCACUAUGCAUGCGAGGGUGGCCAUAUAGAACUAAUAGACAAACUGGUGAUGGAAUAUGGCCUCAAUCCAACAGACAGAGAUAAUGAUGGAGACACACCUCUACAUAUUGCAGCCGCUACAGGACAUGUUGAAACAGUUAGACACUUGAUCAGUAAGCACAGUGUUGAUAUUGAUUGCACUAAUAGAUGGAACUCUACUCCAUUGAUGAAAGCUGUGAUGAAUGGUCAUGAACCUGUUUUGGAUGUGUUAGUCAAAGAAUUCAAAAGCAGUUGUUUUGUCCGAGGAUACAAUAGCCGCACUCUCCUUCACUAUGCAUACCAGGGUGGCCAUGUAGAGCUGAUAGACAAACUGGUGAUGGAAUAUGGCCUCGAUCCCACAGGUAGAGAUAAUGAUGGAAACACACCUCUACACAUUGCAGCCAAAUUCGGACAUGUUGAAGCAGUGAGACACUUGAUCAGUAAGCACAGUGCUGAUAUUGAUUGUACUAAUAAUCGGAACUCUACUCCAUUGAUACUAGCUAUGCUGAAUGGUUGUGUGUCUGUGUUGGAUGCAUUAGUCAAAGAAUUCAACAGCAGUUGUCAUGUACGAGGUUACAAUAGCCGCACUCUCCUUCACUAUGCAUGCCAGGGUGGCCAUGUAGAGCUGAUAGACAAACUGGUGAUGGAAUAUGGCCUCGAUUUUGGAGAUAGAGAUGAUGAUGGAAACACACCUCUACAUAUUGCAGCCAUGAAAGGACAUGUUGAAACUGUGAGACACUUGAUUACUCAGCACAAAGUUGAAACCAAUGUCAUUAACAAUGUUAACUCUACUCCACUGUGUUUAGCUGCUGAAUGGGGUCAUGAGAUCGUGAUACAUGCCUUAAUUAAAUUGAAUUGCAACCCACAUGCCAGAGGCUACAACGGUCAAACUCUUCUUCAUUAUGCUUGCCAGAAUGGUCAUAUAGAAACUUUAAACAAUUUAAUAUCAGAAUAUAAGGUUGAUCCAAAAAUUAGAGACAACGAUGGGAACACACCUCUUCAUAUUUUGUGUCGUACUCCGCAUACUGAAGAAGAGAAGCUAAUAAAAAUCCUUUGCGAGUACCAGUACUGGACAGUGUUUCAAGUUAAUAAUAAUGGCAACACCCCUCUUCACACAGCAACUCUCUUUGAACAAGCUCAUUGUGCACGCUUACUAUUGCAGAAAUACAAUGCUCCACUAUUUGUGCGAAAUAAAGAUGGGAAGACCGCCCUCGAUUUAGCUAAAGCUCAGAGGAGCCAAAAAAUUAUUACAAUUUUUGAAACUCAUAAUUUUGAGAUCCAGUCAAUCUACCAGCAACUAGAUAAACUUGCAAAACAAGAGUUUGGUGGUGAAAAGAACCUCACAAGAUUAUUUGUUGUUGGUAAUCCAGGUGCAGGGAAAUCCACGCUUGUUGAGACUAUAAAAAAGGAAAGUUUGAUCAGUUACUUCAGCACAUCAACUGUUGCCCCUCACACUGCAGGCAUUGUUCCAAGUACUUAUGACAGUAGUGCUUACGGAAGAAUGAUACUCUACGAUUUUGCUGGUGAUUCCGAGUACUAUUCCUCACAUGCUGCAAUAAUGGAGUCAAUCAACACAUCGAAAGGAAGUAAUAUCUAUUUGAUAGUUUGUGAUUUGAGUAAAGGUGAAGAAGCUGCUGGCACUAAAUACAGCUACUGGCUUUCAUUUCUAUCAUACAAUAUUAAGCAAUUCUCAAACACAGUUAUUUUACCAGUGGGAAGCCAUGCUGAUGUCGUUAAAAAAACAUCAGUUGAACAAUCAUUAUGUGUGCUGGACAGCAUAUCACAAAAGUUCUGUAGUAGCUCCAAGAUUGAUGAUCUACACGUAGAUCAAAGUGUUGCUCUUGAUUGUCGUAGACGAGGAGCUGUAGUGAAUGAAAUAAAGGAGCUUACCAAGAGAUUCUCCAAAGUAGUAUCCCCCAUCGGACUUUCCCCAGAGACAAGCACUGUCUUGGGAUUGUUGAAGAAAGACUUUGAACAUGUUCCAGCUUGCAAAGUGAGCCUCCUUAUAUCUCACAUUGAAGAGACUGGAAUUCCGUUACUACUAAAUUCAUCAUCACUAUACCCUCUCAUAAGAGAGUUACAUGAUUUGGGUCUGCUAAUGGUGAUAGAGAGAGAAGGGGACUCCAUUGAGAACCACAUAAUCAUUCUCAAGAUAUCAACAUUCACAUCGGAUGUACACAAUAAACUGUUUUCGAAGUCUGCUAAAGCGGACCUUACCAAGCACAUCGAUCAACUCAAGCUCAGCGUAGGCAUUAUUCCAGAAUCACUACUUGAGAAAGUACUGCCAGAGUACAUCACAAAAGAAAGUCUACUUAAGCUGCAGUACUGUCAAGAAAUUGAGAAUUUGAAUGUGGAAGAGGACCACACUCUUUCUCAAGAAACUCCUGGAACAGUACCAACAGAUAGUGCCACUAAAGAGAAAUCUCAUCUAUUUUUCCCUGCUCUGUGUGAUCUCAAGCUCGAAGAAAUUCAAUGGCCACAAUCUGAAGAGGAUAAAAUUACUUUGGGAUGGUAUGCUGAAUGUGAUGGUAACAGAUUUGAUUUCUUCCCAUCACGAUUUCUUCACGUGCUUAUCGUUCACCUCUCUCACAACUUUGCACUAAAACAAAGUCUGCCCACAAGUUACAGACUCUCCACUACAGCUUCCGAUUUUUUGAUUACGGAGGUAAAUGCUGCUAAUCCUCGCUGUCGUGUCUGGUCGACUGGUCUGCAUUGGCUUAUGAAGAAUGGAGUGGAGGUAUUUGUCGAUAUGCCUAAAGACGCUGAUAGUAAAGAGCUGAUCGUACUAGCAAGGAGUGACGUUAAAAAUCAAGUCGAAUGUUCCAACACUCUGCAACUAGUUAUUCAGAAAGUAGUCAAAGCAAAGGUUGAAUUCUGUGCUGGAAUAGUGCCUACUGUUUCUCUCCUUGACCCGAGCAACCUCAAAGAUGAACCUUUUCCAAAUGCUAGAAAUGCAGUUAAAUACCCUCUUAGAGAUAUUGAAGAAGCAUUAGCAGAGGGCACUGAGCGAGUCAUGGAUAAAGAAGGAAGAUGCUUUUCCACUCCAAUCAAAGACUGGAUUAGCCCAACAAGAUGGUCCAUAUCUUACUGGAAUUGGUUGUUUCCGAUGGAUACCUUCUUGGUUCACUCCGCUUUGCAAGGAGUAAAUAGUGCUCAAUGGAAACUGCUGGGAAUAAAUCUUUCGAUCUCCUGGAACAAAUUAGAUGCCAUUGAAAACGAAACAUCCUUCCCUGGUGACAUUGCUAAGAAAGAGGAAGUAAUUCGACUGUGGAUGUCUCAAGAACCCACCUGGAACAUGUUGGUAGAAGCUCUCAGUCAACCUACAAUUGGAUUGUCCCAGAAAGCAAGUCAAAUCUCACAAGAGCAUAAUGUGUCUCUACAAGAAAAAAUUCUUGAAAGCAAUUCAUCCGUCUGCCCCAGCGAGGACUUUCUCCAAUCGUUUGCUGCCAUCAUUGAUUCUCGAUGGCGGUGUCUUGCUUCUCCCCUCUCCCUUACUUCUGAAGACAUUGUGAGCAUUAAGGUAGAGACAAGAGGAGCAGAGCCAACCAGACAAGCACUCGUCAUGCUGCAGAAGUGGGCAGCCAGGGAGACGGCAACUUAUGGUCAGUUAAGAGAGAAGCUCCGUACUCUCCGUACACUCUCAGUGUUUCAUAUCUGAGUAUCAUGCAUCAUCACAGCACAAAUUUAUAUCUAUAGCUACAUUCAAUUGCACCUACUAGCUCUUUAAUGAACCAUGUUUGUGUCACUGAACUUUCAGAAGUCAUGCCUUGCCACUUAGCAACAAUACUAUAAUUAUACUACUCUACUUUAAAUUGUCAUUUCAUGCACCACCUUUCAUCCUUCAAGAUUAGCACCUUUCUGUUAACCGUUAUACGUACUGGUAUUUUAACGUUGUCAAUAGUUAUUAUUCGAUGUACAACUUCGAUCAAUUUUACACUCAGUCUAGUUCUAGCUUUAUAUUUUUUUAGCUAAUUAUGUUGUGCAAUGUCAUGAAUGUUAUAGCAAUUGUGGAAAUUCCUGUACAUGUACAUUUUAUUUUUUAUAUACUUCUGCAUAAUGCAA